UACGACAUGAUAUAUUUGUAGUAUGGCCUUGUAUUACCAUUCGUGACUUGUAUUGUGAGAAGAUAGUUUUUCUCUCCCAAGUUCAUGGAUUGUUCAAACUCCAAUGGAGGAUCAAAGAGGCUUCUGGACUUGGCGCAAAGGCUCCGCCUUUACAAGCCCCCAAUAUUCCCUGAAGAUAUUUUGGAUGACAUCAUGGAAGACAAGGUUGUCUCAGAAGUGAGUUACUCAGAAUCAACCACCUCAAUGGCUCAAAACACAGAAGAAUUCAGAUACAAGAGAGCUGCUGUUUUGAUCUGCAUCUAUGAAGGAGAUGCCGGGGAUCUCAGAGUGGUACUCACCAAGCGCUCUUCCAUGCUCUCCACUUACUCGGGUGAAGUGGCCUUGCCUGGUGGGAAAGCGGAGGAGGGUGACAAGGAUGAUAAGGACACGGCAAAAAGAGAGGCAAUGGAGGAAAUUGGGUUGGACCCUGAACUUGUCGAUGUCGUUACUGUUCUUGAACCAUUUUUCUCUAAGUACCUGAUGAGAGUGGUUCCUGUGAUUGGCAUUCUUCAUGACAAAAAGGCAUUCAAAGCUGUUCUGAAUCCUGCGGAAGUAGAAGCUGUGUUUGAUGCACCUUUAGAAAUGUUCCUCAAGGAUGAAAAUAGGAGUGAGGAGAAGAUGGAAUGGAUGGGAGAGAAUUAUCUGAUACAUUUGUUUGACUACGAAAUGGAGCAUAAAAAAUAUCUGAUAUGGGGUUUAACGGCUGGGAUCUUAAUAAGGGCAGCAUCAGUUGUGUACCAACGACCACCAGCUUUCAUGGAGCACAAUCCUAAAUUCAAGCUUCAUCAAGUCAUUUAACUCUGUAACGCACUCAAUUUACCUCUUAACAAUUGUUCACCCAUCACUACUACACAUUUCCAGAUUAACUCUUUAAAUGUAUCCCAACACUUGCAGAAUGCCAUCAAUAAGUUACAAUUGUUUACUUCAAAGAAUGCAUCAAGAAUAUU